AUGUCGUCCGAAGACACUUCUUACCCUUGCGACAUCACCGCCGAGAAGUUUCAAAAGCUUCAUCCCGUCCACUAUAGAAUCUUCGAUCUGCUCAAAAAGGAGAUCCCCGUCACACUUAUUCAAACUUGCCAUCAGAUGUAUGAUGAACUCAUCCCCAAAUUAUACGAACGGAUCAUAAUUACUGAGGAAAACUAUGAUUCUAUCACUGGAGGAGCAAGCAUUGAACUGCAAGAAUGGUACCUAGAAGAAAGGGAAGAGAUGGCCGAACAAGAGGGGAUUUCAGAAGAAGAACUCGAACAGUGGGAUGAAGAUUUACCUGAUUUGAAAGACAAAGCUUUAUCUCAUACCACAUUUCUCAGUUUUACCGACAUCCGAGGAGCUACUCGCUUCCUCAACGAGAUCACGUAUUGCGACGACGGGUGUUGCGAACCUCUCAAGUAUCAUCUGAGAAGCGUUGUGUUUCCCAAUGUUAAGGUUGUACAUCUAGGGAAAGAUGUGGUGAAAUCAGUAGUAGACUAUCACGUAGAUGAGGAUCUCUUCUGGUCCACAAACGCUGGACUCGAUCAUCGCAUGGCUGAAUUGUUGGAUGUAGUAUACGACGGACGCGAGCCAUAUACGAUUUGUAUCGAUUGGCCUGAAGACUGGAAUCAGAAGGACUGGCCCAGUAGGGAUGAAGAAGAAGACGUAGAUGAUGACGAUGAGGAAGAGUAUAACGUAGAUUGGGCAUUAGAACAAGGUAUGAAGAAGUUCCUAUUGCGAAUAUCAAGUUUCGAAUGCGUGCAACAUAUCGUAAUACACCUGAAUCUGUUAGACUUGUACCACUUGGUCACAGGACUAAAGGAUAUCACCCACCACUCUGACCUCACCUUCUACUUGACAAUCGACGAAAAGAACCGAAAAAGAUUCCACAAUCAUGCUGUGUUAGAAGUGAUUUACGAUCAUUUCAGAUACCUUUCAUACAAAUAUGACAUCGAGUAUCUUCCAAUCCGAUAUUCCUUACCAAUAUUGAGUGAUUUCGCUAAGUCGGUUGAGGAUUAUGGAGAAGAUGUGAAUGGUGAAGAAGCUGAAAUUUACGAUAUUUUGAAGGAAAGGUUGGGGAUCAGAGAGGAAGAAUGUGAAUGUAGGAUCAAGUAA